AGGAAGAAGGAGGUGAGCGGGCCGGCGGGAUGCCGGGCUACGACUACAAGCUGCUGGAGCGGCCGCGGCGCCGGGUGCUGUGCCCGCUGUGCGGGAAGCCCAUGCGGGAGCCCGUCCGCGUCUCCACCUGCGGCCACCGCUUCUGCGACACUUGCCUGCAGGAGUUCCUCAGUGAAGGCGUCUUCAAGUGCCCCGAGGACCAGCUGCCCCUGGACUAUGCCAAGAUCUACCCCGACCCGGAGCUGGAGGCGCAGGUGCUGAGCUUGGCCAUCCGCUGCAUCCACAGCGAGGAGGGCUGCCGCUGGAGCGGGCUCAUCAAGCAUCUCCAGGCCCAUCUCAGCACCUGUGGCUUCAACGUCAUCCCGUGCCCCAACCGGUGCAGCGCCAAGCUGAGCCGGCGCGACCUGCCCGAGCACGUGCAGCACGGCUGCCCCAAGCGCCGCGUCAAGUGCGAGUUCUGCGCCGCCGACUUCACCGGGGAGGCCUUCGAGGGCCACCAGGGCACAUGUCCCCAGGAGAGCGUGUACUGCGAGAACAAGUGCGGGGCGCGCAUGAUGCGGCGCCUGCUGUCCCAGCACAGCCUGGCCGAGUGCCCCAAGCGCACCCAGCCCUGCACCUACUGCGCCAAGGAGUUUGUCUUUGACACCAUCCAGAACCACCAGUACCAGUGUCCCCGGUACCCCGUGCCCUGCCCCAACCAGUGUGGGACAGCCAGCAUCGCCCGGGAGGACGUGCCCACCCACCUCAAGGAGAGCUGCAACACUGCCAUGCUGCUGUGCCCCUUCAAGGAUGCUGGCUGCAAGCACCGGUGCCCCAAGCUGGCCAUGGGCCGGCACCUGGAGGAGAGCACCAAGGCUCACCUGGGCAUGGUGUGUGCCCUGGUGAGCCGGCAGCGGCAGGAGAUCCUGGAGCUGCGGCGGGACGUGGAGGAGCUGUCGGUGAGCAGCGACGGGACCCUCAUCUGGAAAAUCGCCGACUACGCCCGCAAGCUGCAGGAGGCCAAAGCCCGCAGCAACUACGAGUUCUUCAGCCCCCCUUUCUACACCCACAAGUACGGCUACAAGCUGCAGGUGUCGGUCUUCCUCAACGGCAACGGGAGCGGGGAGAGCAGCCACCUCUCCGUCUACAUCCGCGUGCUGCCGGGCGAGUACGACAACCUGCUGGAGUGGCCCUUCUCCUACCGCGUCACCUUCUCCCUGCUGGACCAGAGCGACCCGUCGCUCUCCAAGCCCCAGCACGUCACCGAGACCUUCCACCCCGAUCCCAACUGGAAGAACUUCCAGAAGCCGGGAGCGUCGCGCAGCUCCCUGGACGAGAGCACCCUGGGCUUCGGCUACCCCAAGUUCAUCUCCCACGAGGACAUCAAGAAGAGGAACUACGUGAGGGACAACGCCAUCUUCAUCAAAGCCUCGGUGGAGAUCCCCCAGAAGAUCCUGGCCUGAGCCUCCCCCCCGCCCCUGCCGCCCCCCGGGGAGGGGGGGUGGAAACAGGCCGUGAGCUGGGCGCCCAUCCGGAGGCGCCCUGUGUGGUGCUGAGCCCCUGCCCGCAGCCGCUGCCCCCGCGCUGGGCACACGGCUCUCAGGUAGGCAGGGCCGGGGCUGCUCCCCGCUGCAGCCCCAGCUGCCCCCACCCCGGGGCAGCCCCUUCUCAGGUGCCCGGGGCUGGCGGGGGCUGGGCCCCCCAAAGCCUCGCUGGGGACCCCCCCAGGACCUUGCUGCCCAGAGCUCUGUUUUGUGAGCCGCUGCCCGCCGGGAGCACGGUUGUUAUUUAUUAGCCCAGGCCGGGCCCCGCCGCC